AUGAUCUCCGUCUGCUUGCACACUCCAGAAACCAUCCAGCUCUGGCCUCCACUUAAUUAUGCAAUAUUUGCUAAUGACUGCAUCGUCACUUUGGUAUUCAUCGUCGAAGCUGCAAUUAAUAUCCACCAUGUCGGAUUAUGGCAGCAUGAAUCCUCAUAUCUACGAGCAAAAUGGUCCCAGUUCGAUCUGUUUAUGCUACUGAUGCAUGUUCUAUCAUGUGCCUUACAUUGUUACGAGCUCUUCACAAUCCUCGUCCCAUCGCUUGGAUUAGUGUAUCGCCCAUGGUUUGGAGUGAUUCGUUCGCCUCGUCCAUUCAUCAUGUUGCGGUUCAUCCGGUCAUUAGUCAGAUUCAAAUUGCCGAAAAAUCGAAUCAAGCAAAUCAUCAAACGGUCUUCCCAACAAAUUCAAAAUGUUACCAUAUUCUUCAUGUUCUUCAUGGCACUCUAUGCUAUCAUGGGAGUUCAAUUAUUCGGACGGAUGGAUUACCACUGCGUGCUCAGUGGCACGGAUCCAAGAAAUGUUACUAUUGCGGAUUUAGCCAUCCCUGAUACGAUGUGUUCGCAGAAAGGCGAAGGAGGUUAUGAAUGCCCAGAUAACAUGGUAUGCAUGAAACUGGAUAUGUCAGCUCAUGUGGAGGGAUUCUAUGGAAUGUUCAACGAUUUUGCAUCCUCGCUCUUCACUGUGUAUUUGGCAGCUAGCCAAGAGGGUUGGGUCUACGUUUUGUAUGAUUGUUUGGACACAUUACCAUCAUAUGUCGCAUUCUUCUAUUUUGUCACAUUGAUCUUCUUCCUAGCAUGGCUAGUCAAGAAUGUAUUCAUAGCCGUAAUUACGGAGACUUUCGCAGAGAUCCGUGUACAAUUCAGUGAAAUGUGGCAGAGUAAUAGUACAGCUACUGAAGACACCUACACACAACGGUUAGAACGAUUUGAAGGGCGAUGGCGCUUGGUAGAAGUGGACCACUACAACCGAGGUACAAACAGCCCACAAUUUCUGCAUCUGCUAGUAAAUAGCACUGCUUUUCAAAUCGCGAUGAUGGUUUUGGUUCUACUAAAUGCGUUGAUCAAUGCUUCUUUUGUCUAUCGGCAUGACAACUCAGACAUCAUCAGGAAGCAGAUCUACUAUUAUGUGGAGAUCUGCUUUACCAUCAUCUUCAACAUUGAAGCACUGAUCAAAAUAAUUGGUUUCGGUUGGAAAGGAUACUUAAGACGUGGUCAGCAUAAAUUCGAGUUGAUACUUUGCGUUGGCUCCACUCUCAAUCUUAUUCGACCUCUUUAUAAUAUGAACAUCUUUACAUACUUCCAAGUUUUCCGCCUUGUCCGCCUUAUCAAAGCCUCACCUAUGCUUGAAGACUUUGUCUAUAAGAUUUUUGGUCCUGGAAAGAAAUUAGGUGGCUUAGUCGUAUUCACUAUGGUACUAUUAUUCAUCACCUCUGCCAUAUCAUUGCAACUAUUCUGUUAUGUGCCAAAUUUGAAAAAGUUUACCACUUUUCCAAUGGCAUUUAUGUCAAUGUUUCAAAUUAUCACUCAAGAAGGUUGGACGGAUGUUGUCGUAGAAAUACUUCGAGCUACAAAUGAAUCCAUGGUUCCAUUCGUAGCAAUAUACUUUGUCGGGUAUCAUCUACUCGUCACAUUGAUUGUGUUAAGUUUAUUCGUUGCUGUAAUUUUGGAUAACUUGGAAAUGGAUGAAGAGUUAAAGAAAGUGAAGCAGUUGAAGGCUAGAGAGCAGGUAUGUGCUUUUUUAAGCAUAUUUUUAGAAAGAAAAGCUCGCGUAGACACAAAAACAUAUCAUGUAUAUGGCUUAACUCCAACUGUGAUUCUACCAAUGAUUUCCAGAUCACCGAUGUUUUCCAGAGAAUCAAACCGACAUCGUGGUCUUUAUGGUGAAUCAAACCAAUUUACUCCAAAUCUCGGAAGGAGUAAUCUAAAAAAUUCAAAAGGAGCGUCAAUCACCUCUCGUCCAAGGGGUUUCCAAUCUUUGAAGGGUAAGGGUCAAAUUGAAGGAUUGAAGGAAAAUGGUGAUGUUCGCCCAUCUGAUUCUGCUCCUAAGAAAGAGCCUAAACAAGGAGAAAUUGAUAUCAAAGCCCUCCAGCAGAAGCGGGCACAUGCCGAGAUCACCAGGGGUUUCCAAUCUUUGAAGGGUAAGGGCCAAAUUGAAGGAUUGAAGGAAAAUGGUGAUGUUCGUCCAUCUGAUUCUGCUCCUAAAAAGGAGCCUAAACAGGGAGAAAUUGAUAUCAAAGCCCUGCAGCAGAAGCGAGCACAUGCCGAGAUCACCAGAAAUCGCAUCGAAGAAGAGAUGCGCGAGAACCACCCUCUCUUCGAUCGACCUCUUUUU